AUGGACGGCGACGACGGCGAUCUCGUCUUUGAUUUCGAGGAAGACCUCGACGCCGUCGCCGACGCCGACGCCGCCAGCUACGGUUCCGCUGCCUCGGCCACGGCCACGGCCACGGCCCCCGCCUUGCCGUCCUCCUACGACAACGGCCCCGCCGCGGUCAGGCCGCGCCAUGACCAAGGCCGCGGCAGCUCCGCCGAAACCAUGAUCCACGAAAUGGACGGCGACGUCGGCGAUCUCGUCUUCGAUUUCGAGGACGACCUCGACGCCGACGCCGCCGCCGCCGGAUCCGGUUCCGUUGCCUUGGGCGCGGCCUCCGCCUUGCCGUCCUCCUACGACCUCGGCCCCGCCGCCGUCGAGCACCGCCAUGACCAAGGCCUCGGCAGCCGCAGCUCCCGGCAGACCGUGUGCCCGUACUGGCUGCUGGGCGUGUGUAUGAUGGGCGACUCCUGCGAAUUCCUCCACGAGUACGACCUGGACCGCAUGCCGGUGUGCCACUACCUCCACUCGUAUGGCUACUGCCGCUUGCCAGAUUGCGUCUUCAAGCACAACACCGAGCACCUUGAGGAGUACAGCAUGCAUAACGUGGGGUUUUGCCCUUAUUGCCCUCAUUGCCAGUACAGGCAUGUGAAGAAACCUGGGUCGCCUCCUCCGGCUGAGGAAGCUGUCAAGAAGUUUCAACAGAUGAAUUCGUUAAACUACGGCUCAUCAAGUGGAAUUUAUCAGCCCAGAGAAAAUAACAGUAAUCAGCAGGAGAAACCUCAAGUCCAACAUGGGUUGGUGCUAAAGAAUCAAAAUUUGGCUGCAAAUGCUACUCCUGUAGUGCAAGAACCUGCUGCACAUCAUGUUCAGACAGCAAAUCCGCAGCAUGUACCACCACACAUACAGCAGCAGCAACAACACAAUGCUCAACUGCAAGGUGUCCCUAAUGAUUCAUCUUCAAGCCCACUUCCACAAGGGCAAUCAAGGUACUCUGCUGUUAUAAGUUGCAAGAUGGAGAAUUUGGAAAUAUCAGUUCAGCAGGGUAUUUGGGCCUCCCCAAAAGCAGUUACGAUGUCAUUUUAAUAUUCUCCAUCUCUAGGACUCAACAUUUCCAGGUGAAUAAUAUGUUCCGUCUUAGCUAUGCAAUAGCGAACAUACACAAUACUCCCUAGGUUAGGCACUAUAGUUUAAUUUAUGUUUAAGGGGAAAAUAUUUAUGUUUCUUCUAAACAUUGUCGUACAUUAAUUAUACUCCCUCUGUCCUGAGGUG